AUGGCUCGUCAAAGUCGUGGUCGUGGUCCUGCCGCCCCUGCGCGCAGCGCUCCUUCCCGUCCUAUCGCUGCUCCUGCCAGACCUGCUGCUCCUCAGCAACACCAGAGCCAGCCUCACUCUACCGCUGCUUAUCCUCCUGCUGCCCAGCAGGCUCCUCCCAUGCCUGUGCAGAGCCAGGGACCUGGUCUUUUCGGUCAGAUGGCUUCUACCGCUGCUGGUGUCGCAGUCGGUUCAUCCAUCGGCCACGCCGUCGGCAGUUGGUUCACAGGCGGUUCCAGCGCCCCCGUUGAACAAGCAGCUCCCCCCGCCCAAUCUCAGGCCAUGGACAGUGGUCUCUAUGCCACCAACACCUCUCAGUCCGCCUGGGAAAAUCCAGCCUGCGCAACCGACGCACAAAACUUCCGCAAAUGCAUGGACGAUAACAAGGGUGAUUUGACCAUUUGCGGAUGGUAUUUGGAUCAGUUGAAGGCUUGCCAGGCUGCUGCUAAGCCUUACUAA